AUGUACACGUCACCAACGAGCUCACCGGCGGGAAGGUGUUGCUUGCCCACUGCAAGUCCGCCACCAGCGAUCUCGGGGUCCAGGAGAUCGACCCUACCAAAGAGUUUACGUGGCGGUUCAGGCCGGGGUUUGCCUUCGUGUCGACUCUCUAUUGGUGCUACGUGGCCCCCGACGACAGCCACCACCUCCGUUUUGAUGCGUGGACGGAUCACGUCGCCGGAAUGUACGAGUACGAUCGCAACAUGUACUGGGUCGCUAAAGACGACGGACUCUAUGUUAGAGUUCCGACACGUGGCGAUCUGUGUUGGCUAA